AGAGUUGCCUUCACAGCUCGCUCAUGACUUUGGUAUACGUUUGCGACCCCAAUGUUAUUCGGAAAACUUUCAGAUAGAACUACAAGGUUAAAUUCAUCCAUACAUUGUUUUUCAAUAGCAUGCUUCUGAACUGAGAUAAUAGCAAAUGAAUGUAAAUCUUUGCAAAUGAAUGGUCGCAACCUUGGAAAUAACGAAAAUUGAACAGUAUAUGUUCAAGCAUAUCUCCAUUUAACGAUAAUUAAAGGUUUUACAUUCUUCACAGUUUACUAUAAAUUCGAUUCAUUUGUUGUUGAAGGUAUCGCACGACAAUGUUCUGGUCAUAACUGUUAGUAGUAACCACGCAUGAUACAUUCAUCAAGUUGCAGAGAGAAGGAAAUAGAGGAAAGUACCCGAUCCGAGCGGGAUCCGAACCCGUCGACUCAGGAUUGGCGAUCUGAAGCCUUAUCCACAAGGUCAACUGGAUUUCCUAUCUUACGUCUAUUAUUGAAUCUUCUGUAGGACUUAUAUGACAAUAAGUUCACUGUAAUCAUUUCAAUUGGCAUGACGUUAUCCCUCCUUUUGGCAAUUUUUGGGCAAUUUUUUUACCCAAACCGUACACUACGUCAGCGAGUUGCUGCCAACGUGAUGCAAAAGGAAGUUUAAGCGGUAAAAUAGAAACAUCUCUAGCUUAACUACCUGUACCUAUGCAAACAUUAACAAUUCUGAGUGUGCAAAUGUCAAAUCACAGUGAAGAAGCGUUCUGAUUAAGAUGGAGUUUGUAUAAUUUCACCACGUGGAUUACUUCAAUCAAAUUACUCGUAUUUCUUCAUUGAAAACAUCUUCUUGAACCGGGCUGAAAGUCUCUCUAAUAAAGACAAAUCAAUCAAUCUUCUUGAACCACAAUUUGUGGUGGAUGCGAGGAUCAAUCAAGAGCUGACGUCCGAUAUACUUCUAAGAAACAUUCGUUCAACAUAAAGUGUAAUCAUGCCGCCUGGUCGGUAACAGCACUUUAUGCUGAGCGAGAAGGGUGACGUAGUCACUAACGCGCCUAGCCUCUUGAUUAGUUAAGUGAGCCUAAUAAACGGAUUCAACUUCUAACCAUCGUAGUGUCACCUACGUUAUUUUGUAUAUCACUGCUGACGUUGAUUCCAGCAACAAGUAAAUUAUUACAAUUGUCACAACUGGGGAAAAAUCAACCUUUGAAGUCGUAAAAAUUUGCCUGGUUAAACACUAUACUGGAAUGCUUACCAACAACCGGCCUUAUAAAAUGUCUGCGAAAUAACGUUCAGUCUUCAUUCGAUAAGCAACAAUGAAAGCUAUAACUUCAGUUCUUUCAAUAUCGGCCUUCAUGGCAAUUAGCCAGGCACAAGCCAACAACUAUUGUUACCCAUCGUUGUGCUCCAGCGGAGAUUCCCACAUAGCUUGCAAUGGACUUACAACUCUGAGCAGCAAUUGCGGUGCCGAUGCGUCCGAGGUUACAAUGUGCAGUACUAAACAACAGCUGAUCGUUGACUUGCACAACAAAAUACGUAGCAAAGUUGCUAUGGGACAGCAGUACAACGGUGCCAAUCAGCGCUUCAGUCAAGCCGCCAGGAUGGCUACUAUGCAAUGGGAUCCGGAGCUAGCUUAUAUCGCUGCCACCAACGCCAGACGUUGCGUUUUCGGUCACGACCGUUGUCACAAUACGGCCACUAUGAAAUACGUUGGACAGAAUAUUGCGAUCAAGUCGUACUACGGGAUGACGUUCAGCAAUGAAGAACUUCUGACGGGUUUCAUCAACAACUGGUUCAGCGAGUAUAAGGUCACCAUGCCGCAUCAUAUUGCAUCAUAUCCUGCUACCUACAGAGGUCCUACUAUUGGGCACUUUACGCAGAUGGUAUCGGAUGAAACCAGCAGAAUCGGAUGUGCCAUGGUGAGCUAUAAGAGGGGUAAUUACAUCAACAAGCUGUUUGUGUGCAACUAUGGACUCACAAAUAUAAUCAAUCAUCCGGUUUAUGUGGCUGGCAAUGUGUGCUCUAGAUGCAACUCCGGAUGCAAUAGCCAAUAUCCAGGACUGUGCAGUACGUCUGAGAUCGUCAGAAACAAUAUAUGAACAAUUCACAAUCGAAAAUUGCCAAGUGCAAUUUGUUAACCGUACAGCUGAUGCAAUGCUCGAAAAAAAAAACGUAAAUAAAAGUCUGAUGUGAAAGUUAAAUAGUUGUUAUGUAACGUUUCAAAACUCCAUGCUUUACCACAGUAGCUGCUCAGAAUAUAUGGUGAUUAUUUGAAAGAAUGAGUGACCCAACUUUACCAUAUUGCAGAAUUUGGGUUUAUAAAUCGAAUGAAGUUGCGCCACUGAAUUCGCAGUUAAUUCAGAACCCAAUUCAGCAAUAGGACUGGUCUCAAGUGCUAUUACUUGGGUAUUGAUCAACAUAUUCAAAUAGUUGAUAAUAUUUGAUAGCUAGGGCUAUUUAAAAACUUCAUCUUACAUUCAUAACACAACAAACAUUUUUGCUGUACAAAGGCUGAAUAAUCCGUUCUUAAGGCGAAACUGGAAGCAUUUCCACAUUUUUUUGGUUUUUGAUUUUUUAUUAAAUAUCGAAGCAUUAUUUUUUAAAUCGGUUAUCGGUACAUGUAGAGCAUGGAUCAAGGUAUCUUCUGAAGUUUUUGGUGGUGGAAAAAGUUUUCCAUUUUUGCAGAAACCAUUUUUUUUUGUGAAAUUGUAUUCAAAAAUGGUUUCUGCAAAAACGAAAAACAUUUUCCACCACGAAAAAAAAAAUCAAGAGAUACCUUGAUCCAUACUCUGCAUGUGCACGAAAAGCGAUUUUGAAAAUAUUGCUUUGUUAUUUAAAAAAAAUAAUCAAACACCAAAAAGUGAGGAAAUGGAUCCAGUUUCGCCUUGACUCCUUUAGAAAUUUCUCCGGGAAAUCGUUCAGAAAAUUUUCUAGGUGUUCAUUUAGAAAAUACUCCUUUGAUCCUCAGAUGAGAUUCAAAAGUUUCUCGCCGAAAUUUGUUCAAGCGGUUCCUUCAGAAAUUCUUUAAAAGAAAUUCUCCCAAGAUACAAUCUUGGCAUUCAUAAGAAACUUCCUAAUGAAUGUCUGCAGGUUGCCUAAGGAAUGUCUGAGUACCGAUUGCACGCUUCCUCUACAAAAAGAUGCAUAUGAAAGAAAUAAGUUCCAUAUGACGGUGUUUUUUUUUUUACUAAUGCAUAACCGUCCUUCUUAGGAAGAAUCUGCAACAAAUUUGAAGAAAUUUUCGGUUGUGUAAGUUUUCAACUGUGAGAUUCAUUGAAUUAAAUCAGAUUUCAGGAUUCUCUGGUUCUUCAUUUGUAUGACUCUCUAAUCGUUUUUUUUUACAUUUAGUAUAUUAUUUGAUAUCAUGAUUCUCAAAUUUUCUAAAUAUUUCAUUCUCUGAUUCUCUGAUUUCCUGGAUUAUCUGGUGUUCUUUCAUUUUCAUUUUCAUUUUGCAGCAGUUGGUGGGGCAAUAAGAGCGCAAGUCAAUCCAAUGCCGAAGAUCAAGGAGGGGUAAUGGCCGUAAUAGUCCGUGCGGACCACAUGAACACCAUCGGAAGGGUAAUCACGGUGUGCCUGCUAGAACAAAAUUAAUUUUAAAAAAUCGGUAUCGCUAAAACACCCACCAAACGAAAGCUGAAGGUCCCCUCUUUCAUUUGAGACUAAGAUGAGAAAGUUCUAUCGGCGGGUCUAGAACAAUUUUUUUUUUUUUUUUCAAAUAUUACUAUCUUUGAGACUUGUGUUUUUUCUCUUUUUAACCUUGAGUGUAGCCAAAUGGGCUUGUAUGAGGUCGCCCAUUAGUAACGUGUCCUUUUAAAAGAGUAAAUGGGUCAAAUCAAAAAUUGAAAAUUUCCCUUGCACAAUGUUGCUUAGACAUAAAAUGCAAAAAAAAUAUAUUUAAGGCAGUUGAAAUAGAAUUUCAGCAGUAUUUGGGCAUACAAAUAAACUUUGCCUUUUAUACAUGUAAAAGUAGUUAUUGCGGCUGCAAUUUUCUUAGUUUUUAUUGACAGUGUCUCAUGAUUUAAAAGUUUUACGAUCGAAGUAGGCCGAGUAAUGUCAACCAAAAUAGAACAUACAUCAAAGUAGCUCGGAUCACGGGGUACAACAUUUGGAAGGUAAUCCAUUUCGGAAAACUAAAAGUUUUUUGAUGAUGCAAUUUAAAUCGAUCAAAAGCAUGAAUAAAACAAUCUAGAUCCCUACACCAAUUUCAUUAACGUGAAGGUCUAUCUUAUAUUCUUGUAUGCCGUGGCUCGGAUGCAGUACAGCUCCUUACUUAAAAAAAAACAACUACGACAAGAACCCCCUAAGUGACGAGGAAAACCAAACCAAAGAGUAUGUAUUGUGUUUGAAGAAGUUUGUUUCCGCCACAAUUAUCAUCGAAAGCAGUUAAUAUUCACAGUUUUAGAUUUGUUUAGUAAAAUUGUCUAAUAACGGAUGAUUAGACAUAAAAAUUAUUAGUAACCGUAUAUCUUUGUAAACAGGUAGCCUUACUCAACUGACAAAAAUAGAAUAAUUAAUGCUACAUAGCCAACGGUUGCACAAUAUAUAUGUACUAAGAACAAUGUGCUAAUCUGUCGGUUAUCAACAGUUUGAUCUUCUGCUAGUAUCAUGACAUUAUAGACGAGUUAGCAACUUUCCAUUUAAUUCUAUACAGCUUUAUUGACAUAUACACAUGUUUUACAUUAAAGUACAUAUGUCUGAGCACAUACAUAAUCAUCAGAACGGAUUGAAAAUGUCUUAACUUCCCAAGUAGCACCUGCAACUAAAAUGGAAAUGAUCAUCGUUGCAAACAUGUUGCAACUGAGUUUUCAUGAAACAAACGAAAUUAAAACCUAAUAAAAUCCUGUUGUUAAUGCCAAACUGAGGUAUAACACUUUUAUAACAACUAGCAAAACAAAAACAAACGUCAUCAUUAGUCGAAACUUGCGAAACCAAUUUAGAACUAAAGUAUAAUCUGUUUGUUUCAACGAAUCUUAGUUACAACCGUUUACAAACCAAAUCAACCAAAACAUUGAUUCUGAUUGUUAUAAACAUGUUGCACCUGGAACUUAUUUAGAACAUAACGAACAAUUUUGACAGGAGAGGUAGAAGUUCCAAAAUGUGCGGCAAAAUGUUUUUGUGAUCCUGAAAAAUAUAAAAUGCACUAUGAAAAAACCAAAAUGUUUCAAAAAUAACGAAAUUAUGUACACAUAAGUAACUUUUUCUUCAUACAUUUAUCGACAUAUUCCAAAUUUUAUAAAAUUAAAGUGGUAAAAUAGAAAAAAAAUCUGAUUGGAAGUACAAUGUUGACCCAAUAAAAAAAAUCAUUUUCGCAGUAAUUUUUACAAUGGGUUUACAGUUUUUACAAGAAAAAAACGUGAAAUUUUCCUUACGUAAUAAAUGGACAGCCUCUUGUCGACAUAAAUGGAAAGUACACGACCAAGUGUCUGCUUUUUUGGUUAUCUAUGUCCUACACGGAAAAUUUAAACUACCUUAUGUUGGGUCGAUUUUACCCUAAAAUGAGUAUAUCAAAUAAAUUAGUUGCCCAAAAUUAGGUUGUUUUUUCCUCUCUCCCCCUCCGAUGUUGUCGUAAAUAAACAGAGAUGCGUCUAUCCAACGGGGGUCCUUGAUGCCAAUAAGCCAAUUUUGGGUAAAUGUAGAUUUACCCAAAUUUGGGUUGAAUGAAGGUGGUCUUGGGUUGAAUUUACCUACUCUUGAGUAUAUUUUUUUGCUAGAGGUAAAGGCAAUUUACCUUGCGUGAGUCGAUUCACUCAAAUGUUGACUUAUUGGGCCAUACUAUGGGAUUGUGUUAAAAGAAUCAAAUUUAGGGUAGUUUGGCGGUUCCGUGUACCGCGUGCAGUAUUGUUGUACUUUGUCAAUGCGGAUUCCCAUAGACAUGAUUUAGCAAAUAGCAUUUUUCUAAAUUCUAAAAUUAAUUUUCAGCAUUUUGCGGGUGCAUUAAAUAAGCUGCUGAAAUGUACUCCGUCAAAGCAAUAUGGCGAGUUAAUUUUUACCACAAAUGCCUAAAUUUGCCCUCGCAAAAUGAUAGGUAGACUGAGGCGCGUUGAGAAUACGGAGCCAAAAUGCGUGACUUACCGAUAAAUCUGGAGCGGCACACAAAUUGACGUUCUCGGUCAGCCUUAUUUGCCAAGUUAUUUGCGGUAUAUUUGUGCACACAAUUAUUGAUCACAUGAACAAAACUGUGGGUGCAUAGUAACUGGCAGUGACGAAUGUGGUGACUACUGACUAGUUGUCGAAUCGGUCACAAUUUGUAAGUUGUAAGUUGUAAGUUGUAAGUUGUAUCUUGGUUAUAAGUCGAUUGCGUAUUAAAACCGUUUAUAUCACGAAUGGAUGUUUUAUAUUGGCUCCACCUCUUGCGCUUUUUUAGUUGUAAUUUAGUCGUUAAUAAGACGAUUGGUUCAAAUGGCAUAACUUUCAAUAUAGUUGCAUACAAAUUACAGGAACUUGUUAAUGUCCAAGUGUGUUGCUUGGGUUGUUCUUGUUUCUGAUAUUGUUAUAUUAUAACAACUUUUUCUGAAAGAUAUCAGAGACAGCUGUUAGUACUACCCCACCAAAAAAAGUUCGGACUUGCUCAUUUAAAUUUAUCUCAUUCAAUGGUGAGAAUAUACCCAUUAGAUUUACUCUCUAUGAGUUUAAAUAUUAUUUGAAACCUUCUACAAGGAGUUGCGGCCCUUCUUGUUUGUGAAAUAUGUAGUAUUGCAAAAACUACAACUUCUCAUAAAGGGCAAACGUGGCCGAUCUAGCGCUACUACCGAUGACGCAGAAAGAAAUUGCUCGUUGGAGUUGUGUUCUAGAUGCUACAGGGAGAUGAUCAAAGGCAAACAACUUGUUUGCACUAAAGCUGAAGUACAUUGAAACUUGUUAAACAUUAUUCAGACUUCUCAUAAAGUUGCUGCGGUUGCUGAAUAUUUACGGGCAAAACCCAGAGAUCAAGCUGAUCAGAUGAAGCUCUCAAAUAUUCAUGAACUGCCAUCCAGAUGGAAACCGGCGUCAACGAGUGACCAGAACAGUAAACCGAUUUUGUUCACCGAUGAUUUACAAAGGCGUAGGUAUCCAGCAUAACCAUGCUGAGGAUGACAGGUUCGAUUCCUGGUCAGUCCAGGACCUUUUCGUGAAGGAAAUUUCCUCGACCUUAAUGAGCAUGCAGUAUUUUCGUGCAAGUCUCACGCUAUACACAAGCAAAAUAGUAAUUGGCAGGAGAAGUUUUUAGUUGAAAACUGUGAAAGUGCUUGUAAGAGAUAAAAUAAGAAAAUUUCAAACAAAUCGAACAAUUUCAUUUAUUCUUAUUAUAUCUCCUACAGUGCUCAUAUAAAAAGCUAAGAAGCAGGCUUUGUCCCUGUAGGGGUGUUAUGUCAAGAAGAAGAAGAAGAAGAAGACAAAAGAAAACAUGUGUCUUGAGUACCAGACGCGCAUUGAAGUUGAGAACCUGUUUGAGGAGAAUAUAUGACGAAGUCACACCCCGAAAUUUCAAGAGCACAAAUCUGAAGAACCAAAUGACGGUAUGUGCUGUAAAGUUGAUCGAUUGGUGACCUGCUGGUAACAGUCAAAUAAGAGACCCUAAAGUCGUAUACGCAUCUGUCAUAGGAUGCAAACACAUUAUUGGAAUUCAAAGGAACAGCAUAUAACUCGAUUUUAUACUCACUGUUCUAGUACUUUCACCACACUGUCCAUAAACACAAAACUGUCAUCUGCUGGAUUUCCCAUUCACAUGGGACUAUUAUGCUUUUAUGGGUAGAAUAAUAAACAUAAUAUAAAAAAUAUACCGUUGAAAAAUCAUGUUUGCAAUGGAAAACAGUGUUUCUCAUAAAUGUGCUCUACGAAAAAAUGAAAAAAUAUCAUAUUUUUUCCAAAAAAAAAAAAAAAUGUUCUAGACCCGCCGAUAGAACUUUCUCAUUUAAGUCUCAAAUGAAAAAGGGGACCCUCAGCUUUCGUUUGGUGGGUGUCCAAGCGAUACCGAUUUUUUUAAAUUAAUGUUGUCCACCAGACACACCGUGGUAAUGGUAUAGGUUGGGGAAAGGUAUUGGACUAGACUUGAGACACAAUAAUGCAAAUACGUCAGAAAGUGUGAAAUUGGUUUCUGUAUUCUGUAGUAAGGUUCAUGUUGUAUGUUAGGUCCUUGUCAAUUUGUCAGUUAGUUGCCUUAGAUUCCCAACUUAAGUAGCGUUACUGUUUUGCCCCAUAUCAAAUAUGUAGUCUCUACUCUAUUGAAGUGUUAUAUCAAGUAAUUAUGUUCAUUAUGUCAGUAAUUGCUGGUCACAAUAUUUUUGCGUCAUUUAUUGCAGGUUAUUAUUUAUGAUAAGUAGUAAUUUUCGUCAAAAAUGUCCAGACUAAUUGGUCUCAUUGAUAACGCAUUAGCUUCAAAACUAAUAAACAUUUGCACUUAACAGGAUUUGCUCCUAGAUCCUGGCAAUAUACGGCUAAAUCUUCGAAUUGUUUUGUCAGCCAUACUAGUUUUUCUUGUAGAAAACAUGUCAUACUCCCUCACUUUUCAUAUAAUACGAACAUUUAAAAGCGUAAAAAUGCCUUCCUUGUCAUACAUAAGUAAUGUUGUCCAGCUUAGUCAGAGAAGUAGAUAAUCAGUUUUCGUCGAGUCGAGACGCAUAGUACUCAACAAAGCAUCUUAAGUUAUUGAUCACGCGUUAGCUUCGGAACUAUAAGCACAAUUAAGUGUUACAACUCGGCCCGGGAGUUAGUACGGACUUGACAAUAUCAAUGCUAUUCCACAAAUUUGCAAAUAAGAGAAUUAGCGCUUUUGAAAAGAAGAAAACUACUUGAAAACUAGUUAUUCAUUCGUACGCGUAACAUUAGUUAACUUUUCAUUUACAAUGCGAAAAAACGAAGUACAAUUUCCCAUCCACUUAGUUUCCUGAUAAAUUAUUGUUUCCCGCCGUAUGUUAGUUAUUUACCUUUGCACGCUUAGAAUUCAGGUUCCACGGAGAGUAUUUUACAUUUGUUUACUUACAUAUGUCGAUGAUACUUCCCCCAUAGAUUGUGUUUGUUAAUUUCUGGUUGUCUUUCGAAGAUCUUCCAUAUGUUAAUCUGAAAAAAGCUUGUGCUCAUGCACCGUUCAUGUUGCGCAAGGGUGCGAACCAUGCAACAUUUUAUAGAGACAAACAAAGAAGGAAAAAUUGAUUAGUAAUUAUUAUGUGAAUAGUGUACAAUAGCAGUAGUGACUAAUAGCAGUAGCUGUUUUAGUAUUGGUGUGUAUGUGAUCAACAAGAAAAAAAGUCACGAAUAUAUUGUAUUUGCAGCAUAGCUGGGCCUUUAAAAAUUUCAACAUUUAGGAUGCCGAACUAUCUGGGCAGUGGUAACCAUCUCGGGCAUCCCCCUGUCACAACCCAAUCAACAUCGAACCAACUGACCCAAAUUCCCGUGCUCGGGUAGAUAAUGCAAGUAACUCACCGCGCAAAAGAAAUAUGGUCAACCAGUCGAACCGGCCGAGCAACAGCAGAAAAAUGUCCAAAAUAGAGGCCCCUCCCUAAUGGUCCAACUACCCUAUAUCGACUAAUUAUUUCCUCAAUGUGGUCCACGUCCUCUCGCAGUCAUGUGUAACUAUACUUUUACUUAAACUUUAUGAAUAAAUUUUGAAACUAAUAAAUACAGUAAUGAAAAUAAUGUUUAGAGUUGAAAUGAGCACAAAUCUGUAUUACAAAUUAUUUAAUAUUUAAGUUUUUUUUUACAUUUAUUCGCUUUAUCAACUUCAAUUUUGACUGCGAGACGAUGGAAGGUGAUUCAUACAAGAACGCUUAUCGGAUGGCACUUUAUCCGAUGAAGUCUGUCGAAGUAUAAUUCCCCUUCCUUUGCUUAAAUCCGCCACCCAAAGCACGCACCCAGUCGGCCAUUGAGGAAGCCGUUGACUAUUGGAUCGAAUUAUCCUGGGACAUAAGUGGCUUUGAUGGUCACUCCUGUCGCACCCAUUAAUCUAAUGUUGUUAUAUCAGAAAAAAUACAAUAAAGUAAUAAAGAGAUAUGUUGUAACAACACUAGCAACAACUGAAACAAGAGGGCCCUCAGAAGCACUCUUCCCUAGACAAUAUUGAUCCAAAGCCCAGGGAUUUCCUGGAUUAUCUGGUGUUCUUGAUCUCAAAGUCUCUUUUUCUUCGAAUCUCAUUUUUCUUGACUCCUCAAUAUCUUUAGUGUUUUUUAAUUCUAUUAGUUCUCCAUAUUUUUGAUUCUCGGAUUUUUUAAUUAUCGAUUUCUCUGAUUAUCUGGUUUUUAGCAUUCUUAAUUACUUUACAUGGUUUACUUGAUUUUGUGAAUUUCUUCUGAAGUUUUAAUUGCGAUCGGCAAUUUCUUCAGCAUUUUUACGAGAGUUUCUGCGGUUAUUCCUUAGAAAGUUUGAUUACCAAUUCCAUUGGGAUUUCCCUCGGCAUUUUUUUUUGUUUUUUUUUUCUGCAAUUCUUGAAAAUUCUCUCAAAAAUGAUUUUGUGAAUUCUUUUUGCAACUUCAAUUUGAUUUCUUUAAACAAUUUGACCGUCAUUUUUUCAGUAAUAAUUUUAAGAAUUUCUGCAGCAAUUUCUUUGGUAAUUUUCCCGAAUAUUUCUGUAGAAAUUCUCAAAAGUUUUCAAGCCUUCUUUAAGUUCCGCAGUUCUUUAAAGAAUGUCUUUUUGUUUUUUUUUCCAAUUUUGAUUCGGUUAUUGCUUUGGAAAUUUCUCAAUAUAUUACUUUUAAAAUUCUUUGGGAAACUUCUUUAGUAAUUGCGCGAGCAUAUUCUUUGGAAUUUAUUUGACAAACAUUUUCGAGGUUUUUCCCUGGAUUUUUUUUAGAAAAAUCUCUCAACAAUUGCUUUUCAAUUCUUUUGGAAAUUCAUUCCGCAAUUCCAAUAAUUUUUAAGAAUUCUUUCGCAAAGUAGUUUGAUGAUUCCUGGGGUAAUGUCUAUGGAUAUUACCUCAGCAACUCUUUGGGAAUCAUUUUCGGAAAUGCACUAUGGACUUGAUUCAGUACACUAACGAUUUUCUCGAAAUUACGCAUUGUGCUUUUGGAAAGAUUCUUCUGUCCUGGUCAACAUUUAAAAAAUUCUUUAAAAAAAUCGGUCGAUUACUACACCGACAUUUUUUUUUAAAUUCCUCCGUUAAUUCAUUUAGAAAUAUUUCAAAAAUUCCUUUAGAAACGUCUUCUGCUUUUUGGAAUAAAUUUUCACAAUGCCUGUGGAAAUGGUUUCUAAUUUUUUAAAGAAUUCGUUUGAAACGUUUUUCGGAAACUUCUCCAGGAAUUCCCUUUGCGAAUGUCUCCGGCAUUUUGUUUUGAUAUUCAUUUCAUUCGGCAAUUCUGUUGGGCAUUUUUUUAUUGAAAAUUCUGCGGGAACUCCUUUAGAAAUCCCAUCGGCAAUAUUCUUGGUAAUUGAUUCUGUUUUCCGUUCCGUUUUGAGCAUCCUACGUUAAUUAUUUUAGAAAAUUCCCAACUUAUCUGGUAAUUCCAUUGUUAAAGCAAUUAUCAUUGUGGAUUCUUAAAUUUCCAGAAGUAUGACCAAAGGAACCCACAAGGAGAUUGCUGGAAGAAUUUCCAAGGAUAAAAUUGAUGAAAUUGUGAAAGAAUUCCUAAAUAUCCAAGGAACUUCCAGAGGGGUUGCAGAAAAUGUUUUCCAAGCAAUCUAAAAAAAAACUCGCUUAAGAUUUUUUAGAGGGAUUGCGGAAGGAAUUUUUCAAUAAAUUCCAAAAGGAGUUCGCCAAAAAUAUGCCAAAUAAACAUGGUAUUAUGUUUUAUGGCUUUAUGUUUUCACUCAGUUGAGUCUUACAUAAAGAUUUAGCAGUUUUCGAAUUUAGUCCGAGUCAAACAACAUAUAAUUAUCGACAUGAUGGAAAGAAGUUGUUAUGUUUAAAAGCAAAUUCAAUGUGAGAAUGAUAUUUAUUUUUUGAAAAUUUUAUUAUGACUAUGAAUUUUUGGGUUUUUCGAUUUUCAAAUUUACUAACUUAUUCUAAUCCUUUUUUUCUUCGAUUGACCGAUUUUAUUUGAUUUUUUAUUUUCCCUUUAUUAGGAUUACGAUAUCAUAUCGAUAAAUAACCGAACCCCUGUCUUGAAAUCGUAGUGGAUCUAUCACUUCAUUCUUAAGACAAUGGACAUUCAAAACGCAAACCACCUUCCAAGGCCCAUUAAAAUUACCCAAACGACCAAAUUCAUGUCAUCCACUUCACUCCCAGCAAGCUAAUCACGCACUUCACUUCCUCUCAAAUCAACCUGAAAACAUGAAAAUUAACAUAAUGCUUCCGGUUCCGUAGAUACCAUCGUGCUCAGCACGCGAAUUGGCAUACUAAAACCCAAAUUGGCCUUCAUGAGAUGUCGCGCGAUUCGCGCGCCCAUCCACUUUAGAGUGUCUACUCCUACUCUAGUCUAGAAGUAGGUACCAAACCAAUUGACAAUGGAACUGAACCGCAAGCAAUUAGCACCCCAACCUGAUCAUGAUCAUCUCCGCUCGUCAGUCAGUCAAGUCAGUCAAGCAAGUGGCUGUCAGGUGCCUCGACAGCUCGCUCAAUUUAGCUACCACUGCACCUCUUUGACUCGGAGAUGAAGGUAGGUAAUUUAUAAUUGUCUUGUCAUAGCGGCGCCCCACUUAGCUGGUGUCUUCCAAGUGUAAGUAGUGUACUCUGGAGGAGGCUUUCAAGUGUGCGCAAACACUCUUCAACGCCAUCCAUGGCACCUAAGUGCACGAAACAAAUUUAGAUCAAAGUGAUUGAACUCGCGGCUUCGGUGGCCACGUUCCGGGUAGGAAAGGAUUACGAACGAGGAACAGGGUUUUUUGUUACAAAAAAGCUGCAGAAUUGCCUAAUUUCUCGCGUCAAAAAAAAAAAAAAAAUAUAAAAUUAAAAAAAAAGUGAAACCAUUGGAAAAAAAAACUGUACAGUGAUAUAGUUGAAAACAAAAAAAAAUGAAAUUGUAUCAUUCUAUGAGCUUUUCAUGAGAAUGAAAGCUUGUGAAGAAGUUGAAACAAAAUUUGUUUCUAUCAGAAUAUUGAGAUCAAAAUUGUGUGCAAAUUAACAAAAAAUAAAAAAAAAAAUAAACAGAGAGGGACGGUGAAGUUUAUUGUUAGUUGCUAGAAAUUUCACGCAUUCCUUUUUGUAAUUGUUUAUAUAAUAAGCUUGAUUAAACAUUUGAUUCUAUCGAGUUAUUACAAAUAAAAAUCUUAACUAGUUGAAAAAGAGGAAAAAAAAAUAAAAGAAAAAUAAUUUUAAAAGUAUGUUGCUGGGAACACACGUUUCAUUCAUAUUUUUGUUAUCCACUCCAAAUCGGGAUUCAACCACAUGUACCGCGCGCAUUCUUCCAUAAGAAGCAGACCCAGAAAUCGCUGGUCUAGAACAAACCACCAUGAAUUAUACCUUCUCAACCGAGAGCUGUGGCGCAACAGGUGCUGCUUGGCAGGCUUGGUCUUGGUCUGGAUCUCGGGUGGUUACUACUGAAAGUGCAUUUACCUUUCGCACCUCUUUAUUGUUGUUACACCAGGCAGCCAGCCGGCAUUAUUGGCGGCCGCCACCAUAGGUUGGGUCUUACCUGGAACGAGAAAAGAUGAAAAUGAAGAAAAUUAGUUUACAAUUGUGGUUU